AUGGCCGAGAGCGGUGGGGAAGUGGUAGCGGUACCCGCGUCCGCGGCUGCCAACGGCCUCAGCAAUGGGGCAGGCGGGGGCCCGGCGCAGACCAACAACCCGCUGUCGCGGAAGCUGCAUAAGAUCCUGGAGACGCGGCUGGACAACGACAAGGAGAUGUUGGAAGCUCUCAAGGCACUUUCAACCUUUUUCAUUGAAAACAGUUUGCGGACUCGAAGGAAUUUACGUGGAGAUAUUGAACGCAGAAGUUUAGCCAUCAAUGAAGAGUUUGUCAACAUUUUCAAGGAGGUGAAGGAAGAACUUGAAAGCAUAAAUGAAGAUGUUCAAGCAAUGAGCAGUUGUUGUCAAGACAUGACAAGUCGCCUACAGGCGGCAAAAGAACAGACUCAAGAUUUGAUAGUAAAAACCACUAAGCUUCAAGCUGAAAGUCAAAGACUAGAAAUACGAGCACAAGUCGCAGAUGCUUUCUUAUCCAAGUUCCAGCUGACUUCUGAUGAGAUGGGUCUCCUCCGAGGUACCAGAGAAGGACCUAUAACCGAGGAUUUUUUCAAGGCACUGGGAAGAGUAAAACAGAUUCAUAACGAUGUUAAAGUUCUCUUACGUACAAACCAACAAACAGCAGGUUUAGAAAUUAUGGAACAGAUGGCCUUGCUUCAAGAAACAGCUUAUGAAAGACUUUAUCGAUGGGCUCAAAGUGAAUGCAGAACAUUGACGCAGGAAUCAUGUGACAUAUCUCCAGUAUUAACUCAGGCAAUGGAAGCCCUGCAGGAUAGACCUGUCUUAUACAAGUAUACCUUGGAUGAAUUUGGAACAGCCAGGAGAAGUACCGUUGUUCGUGGAUUUAUUGAUGCUCUUACGAGAGGGGGCCCGGGAGGCACGCCAAGGCCCAUUGAAAUGCACUCCCAUGACCCCUUGAGAUACGUGGGAGAUAUGUUGGCUUGGCUCCAUCAGGCGACCGCUUCUGAAAAAGAACACCUUGAAGCUCUCUUAAAGCAUGUAACUCUACAAGGUGUUGAAGAAAAUAUUCAGGAAGUUGUUGGGCAUAUUACUGAGGGUGUGUGCAGGCCUCUGAAGGUUCGAAUUGAACAAGUAAUAGUUGCUGAACCUGGGGCAGUUUUGUUAUAUAAAAUUUCUAACCUCCUCAAAUUUUAUCAUCAUACAAUCAGUGGCAUUGUUGGAAAUAGUGCAACUACAUUAUUGACUACCAUUGAAGAUAUGCAUUUGCUAAGCAAAAAAAUAUUCUUCAAUAGCUUGAGUCUUCAUGCAAGCAAAUUAAUGGACAAGGUUGAACUCCCACCACCUGAUCUUGGACCAAGUUCUGCAUUAAAUCAGACACUCGCAUUGUUGCGUGAAGUUUUGGCAUCUCACGAUUCUUCAGUUGUACCGUUAGAUGCCCGUCAAGCUGACUUUGUGCAAGUUUUAUCGUGUGUCUUAGAUCCUCUCCUCCAGAUGUGUACCGUAUCUGCCAGCAAUUUAGGCACAGCUGACAUGGCCACUUUCAUGGUCAAUUCACUCUAUAUGAUGAAGACAACACUAGCUCUGUUUGAGUUCACUGACAGACGCCUAGAAAUGCUACAGUUUCAGAUUGAAGCACAUUUGGACACGCUUAUCAAUGAGCAAGCUUCUUAUGUUUUAACUAGAGCCGGCUUGAGUUAUAUCUAUAACACCGUGCAGCAACAUAAACCUGAGCAGGGCUCUUUAGCUAAUUUGCCCAACCUAGAUUCCGUGGCACUGAAGGCUGCAAUGGUUCAGUUUGAUCGUUACCUGUCAGCCCCAGACAGCCUGUUAAUGCCACAGCUGAACUUUCUCCUAAGUGCCACAGUGAAAGAGCAGAUCAUAAAACAAUCUACAGAAUUAGUCUGCAGAGCCUAUGGGGAAGUGUAUGCCGCUGUGAUGAAUCCAGUGAACGAAUACAAAGAUCCGGAGAGCAUUCUACACCGAUCGCCACAGCAAGUGCAGACACUUCUCUCCUGA